GAAGUAGCGACGGACAGAAGGGGCGGGACGGCACCCCCACGGCGCUGUGUGGCGCUGGGACUCAGGCCGCCCGCCCUUGCCCCCCCAUGACGGUGCACAACCUCUAUGUCUUCGACCGGGCCGGCACCUGCCUGCACUACAGCGAGUGGCACCGGCGCAAGCCGCCCGGCAUCUCCCAGGAGGAGGAGUUCAAGCUGAUGUUCGGGAUGCUGUUCUCCAUCCGCUCCUUUGUGGCCAAGAUGAGCCCUGUGGACAUGCGCGACGGCUUCCUGUGCUUCCAGACCAGCAAGUACAAGCUGCACUACUAUGAGACGCCAACGGGGCUGCGCUUUGUGCUCACUACUGACCUGGGCGUGGGCAGCGCCCGUGAUGCCCUCCAGCACCUCUACAGCAAUAUCUAUGUGGAGCUGGUGGUGAAGAACCCGCUGUGCCCGCUGGGUGAACCGGUGCAGAGUGAGCUCUUCCGUUCCCGCCUCGACGCCUUCGUGCGUGCCCUGCCCUUCUUCUCUGCCCGUGCUGCCUGACACCCCCCCCCCAUGACACCGGAGCCUCCUGCACAACUGAGAAAGGAACCCAGGUGUCCUAGCCCCCUCCCUCCCCCCCGCCCCUCCUCCUCAUCCUGGCCAGCACGAGGAGACCCAGGCAUCCAGGAGGAGCUCUCACAGUCUAAUAAAGCUCUCUCUGUGACA